AUGGUUUACCUUGUUUUCCUGUUUUUAUUGGGUUUAGUUCUAGGGUUAAUUGCGGUGGCCUCUAAUCCGGCGCCUUUUUUUGGUGCUUUUGGGUUGGUGGUAGCAGCGGCCUUUGGGUGUGGUAUUUUGGUCGUAUAUGGUGGUUCCUUUUUAUCUUUGAUUUUAUUUUUGAUUUAUCUUGGGGGGAUAAUGGUUGUUUUUGCUUAUUCAGCGGCUUUAGCUGCUGAGCCUUACCCUGAAACGUGGGGUGCAUGAUCAGUAUUAGUCUAUGUAAUUGUUAGUGUAAUUGGGGUGUUAGGGGCAGGGUAUUGAUUUGUAGGUGAAUGGGAUAAGUUUAUGUGGGUUGCUGAAGAGUUUAUAGAGCUUGGUGUGUUACGGGGGGAUUUUAGUGGGGUAGCAUUGGUGUAUGACCUUGGGGGUGGAAUGUUGAUUGUUUGUGGGUGAGUGUUGUUGUUAACUUUGUUUGUGGUAUUAGAGCUUAUCCGGGGUAUGGGUCGGGGGUGCUUGCGUGCCAUUAGG